AUGAAGACUCCGAUUCGUACUUCUCAGGAACUAGCCACUGAUUUUACUGAGAAACGAGAAUGGAGAGAGCCUGAAGCCAUAAUAGAAAACGCAGAAGACGUCAUGAAUUACUUGGGCAGAAUGCUCAAGCGCUCUGAGAAGGAAUGGAAAAUGGAGGCAGAAGAGAGCAAAUCUGGAUCAAAGAGAAACUACGCUUCAUCUGUCGAUACCAUCUCCAGAAAACUUCUUGCUACGAAGGGUCUCUCCAAAGAUGACGGCUCGAUUUACUCUAAAAAUGUGGGAGGGACAACACCUUUCUCAUUUUUUGCUGUCUUCUCUGCACCUGCAAAAGCCACUAGGUCUAAAAGAUCACACCCAUUCCAUAAUAUCGCACGUCUUAUUGCUCCAUCCCAUCCUGUUACACUUCCUGAACAACUCUCCACUACUCCUACUAUAGCGCCCAUCACCACACCGGCACCAAACGUCUCAAACGCAACCCCUACCCUAUCUUCUAGUACUACGAAUACCACAUCAGCAACUCUUAGGAUCACUCCUGAUACCGUUAUCGUCAACGCUACGGCUUCUGUUACCAUUCCUACAGAUACUGCAGCCGCUACUAUGGCACCGUCGAGUCCAUCACCGACACACAAAACAACUCCCACCAUUACUACUCCAGUCCCGCUAUCAACCACUGCUAACAACAUCCACGACUAUCCCUAUAACAACGACAACUUCAUCGACCACGACUACACCUGCAACAACUACUACAACAACAACCACGACUACAAAUACUACGGCAACAGCCACGUCUACACCUACGACAACUACAACAACAGCAACCACGACUAUACCCACAACAACUACAACAACAUCUACCACGACUACACCUACAACAACCACAACAACAUCAACCACGACAACACCUACGACAUUUACCACAACAUCAACCACGACUACACCUAUAACAACUACAACCACUACGACACCUACUACAACAACAACCACAACGACACCUACAACCACGACUACACUUACAACAACCACAACAAGCACGACUACCCCUACUACAACUACAACUACAACUACAACUACAACCACUACUACUACUACAACAACUACCACUACUACGCCUACCACAACAACAACAUCCACCACAACAACCACAACUACUAG